UCGACCUCACGAUACAUCCAUGGCGGCAUCCCUCGCACUUCCAGUCCCAAUCAAGACGUGUUUUUUCAACGGGUGUGGCAAACCCGCGGUCGCCGAUUCAUGGAAGUGCACAUUUCACCGGAACCGUGGGCGAUGUCUGGUGGCCAACUGCACCAACCAAGCGUACGCGCGGUCGUUGUGUGCGCGCCACGGCGGCAAAAAGAAGUGCUUCGUCGACGGAUGCAACCUCAGCGCCCGCCUCGCCAACGUGUGCUACAAGCACGGGGCGCGCAAUCUGAACAAGAAGUGCAUUCACGAAGGCUGCACAAAACCUGCGCAGUUUCAGCAGAAGUGCGUUCGGCACGGUGGUGGCCGCAAGUGCAAAGUCGACGGGUGCACCGCGCAUGCCCGGUGCGCCGGCCUUUGUUGCCGCCACGGCCGCGAAGCUGGCAUCGUCCGCGAAUCCAAGAAGUCCAAGCUGGACCGACGCCCGUCCAGUCCCAUCUCGUGCGGCAGUUUGACGUCGGACGACGUGGGCAGUGGAGAUCCGACCAACGUGCCGAGUAGCGUCGUCUUGGCCGAGACGUUCUUGACAGACGACUGGGACGAACUCGACUGGGAAUGGGCGAUCGCCCCCAUGGAGCCCCUGGCCCUGCCGUCCCGACCCCCCAUCGCGUCCAAACUUGCCAUGGACGUCCUGUGGACCAACGAUCUGGUGGAUUUUCUACGUUCGCUGUGAAGGCACGUCCUCUCGUGUACCACCGUAGUAAUUUAUUG